AUGAAGUCUGUCUCCAGCCUCACCUCCCUCAAGAAGUCUCUCUCCAGCCUCACCUCCCUCAUGAAGUCUCUCUCCAGCCUCACCUCCCUCAUGAAGUCUCUCUCCAGCCUCACCUCCCUCAUGAAGUUUGUCUCCCCCCUCACCUCCCUCAUGAAGUCUCUCUCCCCCCUCACCUCCCUCAUCCCCCUCACGAAGUUUGUCUCCCGCCUCACCUCCCUCAUGAAGGCUCUCUCCAGCCUCACCUCCCUCAUGAAGUCUGUCUCCCGCCUCACCUCCCUCAUGAAGUCUCUCUCCCGCUUCACUUCCCUCAUGAAGUCUCUCUCCCCCCUCACCUCCCUCAUGAAGUUUGUCUUCCGCCUCACCUCCCUCAUGAAGGCUCUCUCCAGCCUCACCUCCCUCAUGAAGUCUCUCUCCAGCCUCACCUCCCUCAUGAAGUCCCCCCCCCUCACCUCCCUCAUGAAGUUUGUCUCCCGCCUCACCUCCCUCAUGAAGUCUCUCUCCAGCCUCACCUCCCUCAUGAAGUCUCUCUCCCGCCUCACCUCCCUCUCCCCCCUCACCUCCCUCAUGAAGUCCCCCCCCCUCACCUCCCUCAUGAUGUCUCUCUCCCCCCUCAUCUCCCUCAUGAAGUCUCUCUCCCGCCUCACCUCCCUCAUGAAGUCCCCCCCUCACCUCCCUCAUCAGGUCUCUCUCCCGCCUCACCUCCCUCAUGAAGUCCCCCCCCUCAUCUCCCUCAUGAAGUCCCCCCCCCUCACCUCCCUCAUGAAGUCUGUCUCCCGCCUCACCUCCCUCAUGAAGUCUCUCUCCAGCCUCACCUCCCUCAUGAAGUCUCUCUCCCCCCUCACCUCCCUCAUGAAGUCUCUCUCCCCCCUCACCUCCCUCAUGAAGUCUGUCUCCCCCCUCACCUCCCUCAUGAAGUCUCUCUCCCCCCUCACCUCCCUCAUGAAGUCUGUCUCCCCCCUCACCUCCCUCAUGAAGUCUGUCUCCAGCCUCACCUCCCUCAUGAAGUCUCUCUCCAGCCUCACCUCCCUCAUGAAGUCUCUCUCCAGCCUCACCUCCCUCAUGAAGUCUCUCUCCAGCCUCACCUCCCUCAUGAAGUCUCUCUCCAGCCUCACCUCCCUCAUGAAGUCUCUCUCCAGCCUCACCUCCCUCAUGAAGUUUGUCUCCCCCCUCACCUCCCUCAUGAAGUCUCUUUCCCCCCUCAACUCCCUCAUGAAGUUUGUCUCCCGCCUCACCUCCCUCAUGAAGGCUCUCUCCAGCCUCACCUCCCUCGUGAAGUCUCUCUCCCCCCUCACCUCCCUCAUGAAGUCUGUCUCCAGCCUCACCUCCCUCAUGAAGUCUCUCUCCAGCCUCACCUCCCUCAUGAAGUCUCUCUCCAGCCUCACCUCCCUCAUGAAGUCUCUCUCCAGCCUCACCUCCCUCAUGAAGUUUGUCUCCCCCCUCACCUCCCUCAUGAAGUCUCUCUCCCCCCUCACCUCCCUCAUGAAGUUUGUCUCCCCCCUCACCUCCCUCAUGAAGUCUCUCUCCCCCCUCACCUCCCUCAUGAAGUCUGUCUCCCGCCUCACCUCCCUCAUGAAGUCUCUCUCCCGCUUCACUUCCCUCAUGAAGUCUCUCUCCCCCCUCACCUCCCUCAUGAAGUCUCUCUCCCGCUUCACCUCCCUCAUGAAGUCUCUCUACCCCUCCCCUCCCCCAUGA